AUGUUGAAUUCGAAGGAGUCUGAUGAUAGAGAAUCUAAGAAUGAUUUUAGAAUAACAAAGAAGGAGGAAGAACCAAACGAAAUAACUGAAAAAAUACCUCGAGAAGUUUUUGUUUCCGCCUUGCAAAAUUGCAAUAUACCAGAAAACUUUAAAAUCGUCAGAAAAUACCUAAAAUCUCAUCGUUUUUCAAGUAACCUUAUGGAAUAUCUACAAAAUAUUGUAUCUUUAUUGAAUCCUGAAAUAUCUCCAGAUCCAGAAACUCGAGACAGAGUUUUCAAACUUAUACACACUAUUAUCGAAGACAAUGAUGUAUACUAUGUUCUAAUUUAUCAAUUCAAUUUCCACGAAAUAAUUUAUCAAUUCUUCCCAGAACCAGGAUGCUUAGUAUUACUUGCUGAUUUACUUUAUUUAGAUCCGAUAGAGAAUGAUGACAAUACUAAUUUCCUUAAAGUAUUUACAUUUUUAAUGAAUAAUGAUUUUGUAACGAGAUUUAUUGAAGUUUUAAGCAAUUACACAGAAGAUAACAUUAAUUUACUUAUUGAUAUCAUUCGAGCUCUCGGAAGAUACAGAACAUCAGAAAUAAAUUUAAACACAGAAUUUCAAAAAUACAUAUUAAUUGGCGAUAAGUUACUAGAGUUCUUAGGAAACUGCUCUGAUGAGAACAUUUUUGGCAAAUUCAUUACAUGCUUAGCAAGAAUUCAAGUCUCUGUACAAAAAAUUACAUUAAAAUACAUAGAAGAUGAUCAAUUAUUCGAGUUCUUACUGUCAUUCCCAGAGAACUCACCUCUUAUCGGUAAAUCAUUUGAAUUCUUUAGGAUUUGUCUUCAUAGUCUGAGAAAUUAUCAUUUCAACGAUGAAAAAUUCGAAAGACUGCUUCAAUACUGCUUUAAUUUCAUCACAGAUGAUAGCCCUGUUUUAGGAGAUGCAUGUUACUUCUUUGCUCAAGCGAUUCAAUACUCAAAAUCAGAUGAUGAAAAAUAUAUCAAUUAUUUCUUCUCAGCAGGCUGGUUUAAUAGAGUUUUCACAUUGGCUAAUAACAGCUACUCUUUUAGUGUUAAAAAAGAUCUUACAGACGUAGUUUUGGCUUUUAUUGACUCAACAAGGAAUCCAGAAUUAAUGCAGCAGAUGAUUGACAGCGGAAUCAUAGGAUUUAUAGAAAUGUGCAUUGAAUCAAUGCCAGAUCAAAUGGAAUGCUUUUUAGAUGCGAUUUAUAGAAUUUUAGAAGUUGCCGAUAACAGUGAUGAAGAAAGCUGGAAGUAUGAAAUAUUCGAGAAUGAAACCAUCUCAGAUAUCAUUUACAACUACAAUCCAAAGAAUGAAGACGAAGAAGAUGCAAUUACCGCUAUUAUGUCAUUUGAUCCUUAUAAAGAAUGA